AAAGGUUUUUUCUUCUCCGAGGAAAGAUCAUCAAACUAUUACAAGUAGACAAAGAUUUCUAUUCAUUUUCUCAAUCUAUAUACACACUUGCAUAUAUAUAUCAAUUUAUGUAUAUAUAUGUGUGUAUGUAUAGAUAACAUCACAUCCCAUCUUCACGAUUCAUUCUCAUUAGAACAGAUCCAAGAAAGUGAGAAGAAUAGUAGAAAAUGCCUUCUUCUCUUCAGCUUUCUAGAAUCAAUCCAAUUAGUCAUACGGCCACAGUGAAUUUCCACCAGAAACAAUCAACACCCACAUGGGUAAUCCCGGUAUCUAGCGAGAUUUUUGUCCCAGACAACAUGUUGCACCACCACACGCACGCGGUGGCGCCCAACCAGUGCUGUUCUUCGGUGGUGCAGACUAUUGAUGCGCCGGUUGCAACCGUGUGGUCCGUCGUCCGCCGGUUCGACAACCCGCAGGCGUACAAGCACUUCCUCAAGAGCUGCCACGUGAUCGGUGACGGCCACGUGGGGACGCUCCGGGAGGUGCACGUGGUGUCAGGCUUACCGGCGGGGUCCAGUACUGAGAGGCUCGAAAUCUUGGAUGAUGAGAAACAUGUGAUGAGUUUCAGCGUUGUGGGUGGCGAUCAUAGACUGCACAAUUACCGGUCUGUCACUACUCUCCAUGCAACGGCGGGUGGUGCUGGAAAUAGCGGUACGGUGGUGGUGGAAUCCUACGUUGUUGAUAUACCUCAAGGGAACACGAAGGAAGAAACUUGUGCAUUUGUUGAUACAAUUGUGAGGUGCAAUUUACAGUCACUGGCUCAGAUCGCAGAAAGUUUGGCAAAAAAUAACAAUAAAUCAUCUUAAUUUGUUGGUUUUCCUUUUAUGAUGAACAGAAUUUGUUGUAUAGUAGGUCAUGAACAUGAACCAAAACAACUUUGAUUGCCGCUUGUGAUUUAACAUCUGAGGUUGGUUUGAAUGUGAUAGUAAUUUAUGAUGAUUUUCUAUAAUUAAUUACCAUCGUGUCAUGCUGCA